CAAUUUGAGAAAUCAAUUGAUCAAGGAUUUCGCAAAAACACUAUAAAUACCAAAAAGAGUCGACAAUUAAAUUCAGUUUUCUAUUGAGUUUAGAGAAACACAGAAUAGUCUUAAACCAUGAGAUUCUUGACAGUCGUUGUGCUCAUCGGCAGCCUCUAUGGCAUCACCGCCUACCAAACGGUGAAACUGAACACCGGGUAUGAGAUGCCAAUCCUGGGUUUAGGCACCUGGAAGGCACAUGGAGCUGAGUGCAAACAGGCGGUUAAGGAUGCCAUCGAAAUCGGUUUCAGACAUAUCGACACGGCUUCCGAUUACGGCAAUGAGGAGGAUGUGGGUCAGGCCAUCGCCGAGUCUAUUAAGGCCGGUGUCAUCAAGAGGGAGGACAUCUUCAUUACAACCAAAGUGUGGCCCCACGACGACCGUAAGAAGGCGUUGGAUGAGGUGCAUCAGUCGCUCACCAAACUGAACGUGACAUACCUGGACCUGGUGCUCGUGCACUUCCCGUGGGGUAACUUCGUGGAGGUGUAUAAGGGCUUAGAGGACGCCUACAACGCCAAACUCGUUCGAUCUAUCGGUAUCUCCAACUUCAACGAGAAAGACACCGACAAAUUGGUGGCCGAGACGACUGUCAAACCGGCCAACAAUCAGAUUUUAACGAACCCUAAGGCAAGAUCCGACGGUUAUAUAGAC